AUGCAUUUAUGGCCUGUUUGUCCCCCUCAGAAGUUUACAGUAGCUCCAAGGUCCACGGACCUUCCAGAACUGGAAAUUAAUGAUAAUGAAAUAAAACAGAUAUUACCAUUACCUUCCUCCAACGCCCUUAUAUACCUUCAUCCAGCAAGAGUAUCAAUUUAUAACUUUAAGCCAUUGGCAUUGGUGGAAGCACACGAGAGAAGUAAAGAAUCCAUUGAUGAAUUUGGAGUUAAUAGAUUCAUUGCUACUUCCACGUCAUUGACUGAACCUGUGAAGGCAUUCUUAUCUGAAAGAGAAGUAGAUUGUCAAGCAUGGCCACAGGGGAAAGUGGUAUUUUACGUGGUUACAGAUAAGAAUUAUGUACUUGCAUAUCAAAUAUUGAAAAACUCUACCAGCCUGACCAUAUUUCAAGAGUACGGCAUUCCUAUUGUCAAUCCUAUUGAACUGCGAGAUAAUAUAAACCAUGAUUAUGAUAAUGAUUCAGAUGAUGAUACUCUAACAGUAUUCGAAAAGAAUAAUUCAUCUAAAAUUAUUCAGAAUGGGUAUACUGUAACAAAGGCAAGAGGAUUUUUAAAUUUUCUAUCAUCAAAUAAUGAAAAUUUAGAGGAGAUACCUGUGAAGAAAUUAGAAUUAAGGCUAAAAAUUGUCUUGAAAUUUGAUUUCGAGAUCGUAAGUAUAUUAGGAUUCAAAAGAUUCUCUAAAGAAGGUGACGGUAAAUUCGAAGAAAAUCUGCUUGUCUUGUUUCCUCAUGGGUUGCAAAUAUUAAAUUUGGUAGACUUCAAAUUGAACAAGAAUUCAUUAAUCAAGAUAGAAAAUUGUAAACAGAUUUGCAUUUGCAAUGGACUUUUACUGGUGAUUUCAGAGAGUAAAGAAGAUAACAGCAUAACUGUAAACGAAAUCGAUGCGGAAAACCAGACGGCAACAACUACCACAAUACUCAAUAAGAGUGGUUUAAUUUCAAGUUUUGAAUUUAAUGGAAAAGUAACGCUUGUAUUUGAAGAUCAUUUAGACUUCUUUGACCCUAAAUUGAAAAAGAUAACCUAUUCGUGGUCAACCACAAUGAAAAUUAAAAUAUGCAAGCAACUAAAUGAGAAAACUUUAGCAAUAGUUUCCAAGAAUAAUAAUCUUCAUUUUUUCAGCAAUUUAGGAAACCUACUAUUUUCCACCAACUCAGAUGAUGAAUUACUCGAAAAAAAUUUAGACUAUUCGGAUAUUAUGUGCUUAGAUCAAUCACUACUAACUGUGGCUUCAACAGGUGAUUUUGAAUUUUGGCAAUUAUGGAAAGAAUCACAACAGACAUUUUCAGAUUUCCGUGCAUCAAAACCACAUGUUUUACAUGAUAAAAACAAUGAUAUUAUUGUCUUUUCUCCUUCAGCCGAUAUUAGUAUUCAUCAUGAUGCGUUCCAGAAUAUAAAACUUCCGACAAAGACGUUGAACAAUCUUCUCACAAUGGUAAGAAUUAACGCCAGCUUAAAACUUUUGUCGACAUAUAUAUCCAAUAAGAACAUGUUAUUACUGCAGAACUUGGAAACAAACAUAUGGUAUCACUUUCGUAACAUCACAAUCUUAGACAUGCAUUGGCUAGGAAACACGUAUUUACUUUGCCACCUUGCGAGAGAAGAUGGGACAAGGGCAUUACAAUGUUUUAGAUUCCCAUUACAAGGCAUUAAAGCUGAUGAACUUUCAACUUACAGUAUAUGGGAAUUCGACAUCCCCGAGCAAUUGACAGUUUUCAGUGUACAUGUUAAUACCCUAUUUAGAUACAAAUUACUGAAGAUAAAACCUAAAGAAAACGUUUCUAUCGAAGUACAAACGGAGAAAUUUUUCAAGACCGCUGAGAUCAUAUUGGUUACUAAUUCGCAAAUUAUGAUAAUUGAUGUAAUAUCUGUUGUCCAUCCAAGUGGAAUAAAUAUAAUAAAAAAAUUUCAUCAAUAUGCCAGCGUGACAAUCCCAACGGAUGUCAAUGUGAAACAUAUCGAAUGGAUAACAAAUUAUAGGGAUGGACUAUUAUUUUUAUCUGAUCAUAAGAUAUUCAAGAUUGGAAAAUUAAAUGCGGAGGAAUGGCAAUCAGUCAUCCUAUUAAACAAUAUUGAAAGAAUUGUUGAUGUUUUAAAUGAUGAAGUGUUUUUAAUUCAAAAAAAUGAAUGCGUUGUUUACAAAUUGGAAUCAUUAUGGGAGGAUAAGAAGGCUUCAUUGACUAUACCAUUAGAGGAAAAUUUAUAUCCAAUUUCAAUUUCUCCCGAGACAGCUACAAUCUAUUCAUUAAAAUGUGUCUUUAACUCCACAUUUUCCAGAUUAUUAGUGAAACACGAAAUUUAUUUAGAUAAAGUGAUUACUGCUGAAUUAGAUGAAGGAGUGGAUCCAGAAGAGAUUACCUUAGAAUAUAAGUCUUUGAAACAUUACAAGUUUGCACUCGAAAAGAUACUUUCAUCCAAAGUUUUGAUGAAUCAGCCUCUAGAUGGUAUAUUGGCACUAGUAAAAUUAUGUGAUAAUGUUGAAGGCAGUACUGCAACACCUCGAAAGCAUACUGAUUUACUCGAGAUAAUAAGUAAUUGCUUAAGAAAAAUGGAGACGAAAUAUUGGAACAAGAUAUUUUCUGGACUGGAAAUGACUCCCAGGGAUCUACUUGCAUUUUGUUUGGAGGGGAACGAGGCUAAAAUUAUGGGUGUUUUACUGCUAGUGUUUAUUAAUUAUGACGAUUCGGAGUUAGUACAGGAUUUAAGAAUGGAUGAAAACCAAUCGCAAGCACCUAUACCUGAAGAAGAAGAAGUUUCACAAUUUAGAUCGGAGCAUUCAGUGCUGAGCUUAGUCAAAGAUGAGGAAUUAAUGUUACGAAUUUUAAGACUUCUAGUCACUAGUGCGGCAAACGCCACAGACUCCAGUAAGGCAUCGGAAUCAUGGGACAUGUGUUUUCAAUUAAUACGUCUGCUAAGUGAGUUGGACAGACAGAACAAUACAGAUCUGGUGGAAAAGGCAAUGACCAUGUUUCAGUAA